GAAACUUUUACUAUCCUAGAAGAAGAUACCAGACCUUAGCUGUGGACAAUUGGGUUUGGUUUGACCAUCCGCGUUACCGGUACACAGUACAUAUGCCAGCCUACAAAAUCCAAAAAAAACCAAUUAGACCCAACAACACCUGAAGGACCCGGCGUCGCCAUGCCUCAAGAAGACCUGCAGCAAGCGAACGACGAGGCAACAGCCCGCCAAAUCGCCUACUUCCGCGCCAUCCCCUGGUGCGCCGCCCGUCUCUCAGCCUGCUCAUCACCAUUGUCAUCACCACCCUCAGAACCCAAAACAGCAACAAAAACAAUAAUCACCCAAUGCACCUCCCGCCAACUCCGUCCGGCGGGGGACAACCAAGACUUGCUAAUGUCGCGCACGCUGAACCACGCCGACGCCAUCCCCGCAUACAUUAUGUUCUACGCGGAGCCCGCCGAUGAUCCAGCCCAGCUUGUGUCAGAAGUGCAGUCCUUUGCGGCCCUGGGCCCGAUGGUCAACGGAUGGGACGGCAUCUGCCAUGGCGGUAUUGUGGUUACGCUGCUGGAUGAGGCCAUGGGCCAGGGGGUGGUUGAAUACGCGGUUUAUGAAGCCUGUUCGGACCGCGACUCGGACGGGUGCUAGUGGGAGUGGAAG